UCUAAUAAUUUUCGAUGGUUAACACACUCUCUAACCCCCACUUUCUCAUCUGUUUCUCUUUCUUUUCAAUUCUGCGUCCUCUUCUUUUAUCAACACGGUUUCAUAUAUUAAUAUAUAUUUCACACGUAAGUAAUCAAGAUCUUCUUGGCCUGUGAUCGAACUUAAUUUUCUGGAAUUUGUGAUUCUCGGAAAAUUUCUCGACAAAGAUCGAAAAUUUCUACCAUCGGUGGUGAUUCGAAAGUUUUUUUAUUCUCGACAGUCCUGGGAGGAUCAAAGCUUCUAGAGGCGUUUCAGGAACUGAGAUGGGUUCUUUACAAGGACCGGUUAUUAGCCCCUGCAUCCGUGGAAAACAAACUGGAGUUUACACUCUUCCUGUUAAUGCACCCUUGAUGAAGGCUAUUAUUCUUAGAAGUGGAUUCUGGGGAUAUAAAGGGGUCAAUAGUGAUAGGGUUAAUAAUAUGUGUCAUCAAAUGCGAGUGCAUAAAUGCAGGAUGGUGCAAUGUAGUUUUGGUUCAUCGUCCAAUGGUAACGGUAGCAUGGCAGAAAAUUUUAGUGAAAAUGAUGAAGAUUAUGUGAAUUCAAGUGUACUUGAAGCUGUUGAGGUGAAGAGUGGCCCAGAUGGUUUCGUGAUUAAAAUGAGAGAUGGAAGGCAUUUAAAAUGUGUCCAUAACAACCCUCAGGGUGGGUAUCUGCCUGAUUACGAUCCGCAUCCUGCAAUUGUCUUAAAGAUGGAAGAUGGGAAUGGUCUUCUCCUGCCCAUAAUUGUCUUGGAGAUGCCAAGCGUGUUGCUUAUGGCAGCCUUGCGCCAUGUCCAAGUCGCUAGGCCCACUAUGUAUCAAGUCAUGAAGGAGAUGAUUGAUAAGAUGGGUUAUGCUGUGAAACUUGUUCGUGUCACUAAGAGAGUACAUGAGGCCUAUUUUGCUCAGUUGUACCUCACGAAGGUGGGUAAUGAAACAGAGUGUGUCAGCUUUGAUCUUCGACCUUCAGAUGCCAUUAACAUUGCAGUAAGAUGCAAGGUGCCAAUACAAGUCAACAGGUACUUGGCAUAUAGUGACGGAAUGAGAGUAAUUGAAUCUGCAAAGUCACUGCGGUCCUCUUCUUCAGAUGGCUUACUAUUCACAGAACUUGACAGACCUAAUGGCCAGCCUUGUGUUGAGACAACGGAGUUUAAUCUUGUGCGUAACAUGCUGAUUGCUGCCGUUGAGGAACGCUACAGAGAUGCGGCUGAGUGGAGGGACAAAUUAACUCAACUUCGCUCUAAGAAGAAUUGGGCAUAGCAGAUGUUCCAAGAGGAUGAAACUAUCAGGCAAAGUUGAAGACUUUGAUUUCUCGCUUUUAGUACUUUGGCAAGGGUUCAUGGUUGGAUACUCCUUGAUCGAUUGUAUGUAUAGUCUCGAUUAAGUCUAUAGUAGCAGACACCACCUAUGGUUCUUUGGUAAUUCUAAGUACCCUUCAAAGAAUUUCCUUGAUCAAUUGUAUGUAUAGUGUCGAUUAAGUUUUUAGUAGCAGACACCACCAAUGGUUCUUUGGUAAAUUCCAAGUACCCUUCAAAGAAUUUCCCUUGGUUAAGCAACGAACACUGACCUUCACAAGCGCGGGGUGAUUUCCUUUUGCUUGUAAAAUGUAAAUAGUUCCUGGUCAGGAUUCCGGUCAAACAGACUUGAUGAAAAUCACAAGUAUACAUUUGAGAUACAGAUGUUUGUUGCCUUUUAUAAGGUGUGAAAAUGUAGCAUACAUAUUUCAUUUUAUCUAA